AUGCUCUCUCAUUGUUUUCCUGGUUUGUCUGUCUCUGUGUUGGAUCAUGAAGCUUCACAGGAGAUUCAUCAUUCUUGUUUGCUUCCAGUUAACAGCUUUGGGGAUGAUGAAGAACCAUCCACAUCUUCUGAGAGCGAUGAAGAUGUGACUAAGCAGUUCGAGAUCUCGGUGUCCCGAUCCCAGAGUUUUCGUACAGGAGUACCUGAGAAGGGAAAGACAACAGAGUUGGAGCAGAAAAAAUGCAAACAUUUGCUGUGUACCCACCAAGAAGACAGCGCUGAAGGGUCUGCAUGUGAAGAUUUGGAUGGACCCAGCCAACUCAGUUAUUCUGAGAUUCGGUCUUACGAAGACCGCCCCAUUUCCAUUCUCUCACAAUCUCCCUGUGAGAGCAGGGACACCAGGCACCAUGGCCCUUGUCAUCCGGGCGCUGGCGUGGUCCGAAACCUCAGUCGUCCUUGUGCAGACGGCAUCCUGGAGACAGAGACAGCGUUUAUCAGUCGGGGCUUUGAAGAUCCCUAUGCCACCCACAACUCCUCUAUGUGGAGUCCAGAGGAGCAGGAUGGGACCAGUCUGCAGGUACCACCUAGGCUUCCGGAGCCUAUCUCAAAAUGUGGGGACCUCGAUGUCAUCUUUGAAUAUAGAGCUGUAACCCAGAAGCUUACCGUGACCAUUGUGAGAGCACAGGGUCUCCCAGAUAAGGACCGAAGUGGUGUCAACUCCUGGCAAGUUCACAUAGUGCUACUGCCCAGUAAGAAACAGAGGGGUAAGACGAAUAUACAGAGAGGGCCCAACCCUGUCUUCAAGGAAAAGGUCACCUUCACCAAGCUGGAGCCCAGAGAUGUGGCUGCCUGUGCUGUCCGCUUCCGCCUGUAUGCCGCCCGGAAGAUGACCCGAGAGAGAAUGAUGGGAGAGAAGGUGUUCUGUCUCAGCCACUUGCACCCAGAAGGGGAAAUGAAAGUGACUCUGGUUCUGGAGCCAAGAAGUAAUCUGAGCAGUGGAGAGUCUCCCCUCAGCCCAUCUGUGGUGUCUCACAGUGACAGUGCUUCAUCCACACAGUCACUGUCUCAUGGAGGAGUGCCAGAGCUACUGGUGGGACUGUCCUACAAUGCCACAACAGGGCGAUUAUCUGUGGAAAUGAUCAAAGGCAGCCAUUUCCGCAACCUCGCUGCUAACCGAGCUCCCGAUACUUAUGGAAAGCUCUUCCUCCUCAACUGUGUGGGUCAAGAGAUGUCCCGCUGCAAGACGUCCAUUCGGCGUGGCCAGCCCAACCCCGUCUAUAAAGAGACCUUCGUCUUCCAGGUGGCCCUCUUCCAGCUCUCGGAUGUUACCUUGAUGAUUUCCAUUUAUAGCAGACGCACAAUGAAGCGUAAAGAGAUGAUUGGCUGGAUUGCUCUGGGCCAGAACAGCAGUGGGGAGGAGGAGCAGGAGCACUGGGACGAAAUGAAGGAAAGCAAAAGCCAGCAGAUCUGCAGGUGGCAUACACUGCUGGAAUCCUAGGUUUAUCAACAGCGUUCGCGUGCUACGCCAGCCUUGCUUAUCUAACACCAAGUCAGAUCACGGCAGGUGGAGGAGCUUUCAAAUGGAGAAUUUUACUAAUCUUGGGUCAUUCCGUGGCAUGGGACCAUCUCAAAGGUUCGAUCUGAGUUUAAAUGUUGUCGUGAAAGGAAACCUACAUACACAGUACGGGCAAUGGUGUCUAGUUGAGACCACUGGCUAUAUCACAACUUGUGCUAAUGGAUGAUUGUGUUUUGGUUCGCACUAUGUGGUUCAGCUUCCUCCUGCUGUCUCUUUUUGCUGGGAGAAUAGCCUGAGAUUUCAAAGGAGCUGUAAACGUUACUGUUUUCCAUCACUGAGGUGUAUGAAUCAGACUCUUCUCAGUGUUCAAAAUUCCAAAACAGAAAUGAAUCAGAUGCUGAGCGUUACGGAAGGACGUAACCAACCACAGGCCUCUGCCACCCCUAUUCUCUUUAUGAAAAAAAAAAAGCCCUGUUUAUUUAAAAGGCAAUUGCUAUAAAUUUGUGGUGUAAAAUAAAUUUGUAUUCAUGAAAUGUCUCUUUUUAUCUCAAUUAGAUAUCACGAUUUCUAAAAGAAUUGGGGUAGACAAAUCAUCUUAGAGCUCUAAAGCAGUUAAAAAAAUGACUGUUAUCUGACCUGUCUCUUUUUGAAUAUUUAAGAUUUCCAAAGUCAAGGAUUUUUGUGCUUUCUUAUCAAAUUGGUACCCAAAGAAGAAGAGGAAAACCUAGAAGAUAAUUUAAGCCUUGGCUUUCUUGAUGUUUCAGAACCUGUCAUUCAUUUGGAUUAGACCUUUUCUAUAGAUAAUUGUACUGACUCUCACAUGUAUUUUUUUAAUGUACUUCUGCAUGCCAGCCACAUUCGUCUUUAUGCUCUGUACCUUGCUAAUAGAACAUAGAAAGAUGCAUACAGUGGAUCUCAAUAAAUACUGAUUUGAUUGACUUUCACGAGUGAA